AUGAAGACAACCAAAUUCCCUGGCCGACGGCCGCCGCCAAUGUUUCUACUCACUCUCUCUUUCCUAUUUUCCUCCUCCGCAACUGCCACGGCCACAACCCUCACAGAUCAAGACCUUGAAACGGCGAUCCAAGUCCUCAAGAUUCACAAGUACAACUUGUUCGGCAACGCCAUCGCAACCUCCGACCUCCGCUACCGCCUCCUCUCCGGCGAUUCCUUCACCCUCUUCGCUCCCCCUGACUCUGACCUCUUCAGCCUAGACAUGUCCUCCGUCGCCGACGACUACGUCCGAACUCUCCGUCUCCACGUCCUGCCGCGCCGGCUCUCCCUCGCCGAUCUCCGCCGCCUGUCUCCCGGCUCCCGCAUCGAGUCUCUCCUUUAUCGACAUCACCUCACGAUCUCCAACCACCGCGUCUCCAUUAACGGAACCAUCUCGAAAUACGUCGCAGUCGACGGCGUCCGCAUCUCCGUUCCGAAUCUUUACCUUUCGCUCGACAUCGCCAUUCAUGGACUGGACGGGAUUCUUUCUGCCGAUUACGGAUCUACAAAGAAUCUUACUGGCGAUGUAGGGCAUUCAUCGCCGACAUCUUGGUCCAACGAAUGUUCACGGCCGGAAUUUGAGUCCGCAUCAAAUCCGCCGCCGGAGGGAACUGAAACGGCUAAGACUGCUGAGAAAUUGAGUUCCGGAAAAUGCGAAGAGCAUCAGAGGCGGAAGAAAGAGAAUAAGCGGGAAGUGAGCGAUCGCCGGCACCGCGACAAGCAUGAUGAAAUCAAACACGGGAAUUUUAUGAAGUACAAUCAUCAUGUUCCUUUGUAA